AUGGAAUUUGGGACUGCAAAACUACUGAGGACUGCUAUUAAAGAGUACUUUAUUGAAAGUAAUAGAGAGUUUAAAUAUGUAAGCAAUGACAUGAGAAGAAUUAGGGUCAAAUGUAAAGCUAAACAAUGUCCUUGGUUGUUGUAUGCAAGUGUUUCAAGAGCUGACAACACUACUUUCAAAGUGCAAACUUUAGUAGAUAACCACAACUGUCGUUUGGUCCUUAAUAAUAGUCAUACCGAUGCUCCCUGGUUGUCUAAGUAUUUUUUAGAGCAAUUCAGAAUCAAUCCAGAUAUGAAGUAUAAGACUUUUAGAGAGAUGACAACUAAAACCAAGUACUCACAUGUUUCUAAUUGGGUAUUCUACAGGGCAAAGGCCAGAGCAAAAAUAUUGCUUGAAGGUAGUGUCUCUGAGCAGUAUGCUAUCUCGGAAGACUACUGCAAAAUGAUAUUGGCUACAAACCCAGGUAGCACUGCCAUCAUCAAAUCAAAUAUGGUAGAAGGAAAAAGGAUAUUUGAGAGGGUAUAUAUCUGCUUAAAAGCUUGUAAGGAAGGUUUCAGAUCUGGCUGUAGACCACUCAUUGGUCUUGAUGGGUGCUUCCUCAAAGGGUAUUGUAAAGGAUUGCUUUGGGCUGCAGUAGGAAUAGAUGCAACAAACUCAAUGUAUCCUAUUGCUUAUGCAGUUUGUGAGAAAGAAAACAAUAACACCUGGUCUUGGUUUCUAGAAUUGUUGAAGGAAGAUCUAGAUAUUGACAUGCCUUCUCAGUUUGCUAUGAUGAGCGAUAGGCAGAAAGGGUUGGAGAAUGUUAUUGCUUCUGUUUUUGAGGGUGCAGAGGUGAGAAAUUGUGUUAGGCACUUGCAUUCCAACUUCAAGAAAGACCACCCACGUUUGUUAUUGAAACAACAACUAUGGGCAGCAGCAAAGGCAACCACUAUUCCGGAGUUUCAAAAGAGGAUGAGAGAGAUAAGGGAAACUAGUGAAAAUGCUUACAACUGGUUGGCACUAAAGACUCCAUCCGAGUGGUCUAGGUCACAUUUUAGUGAAAUGGUGAAAUGUGAUAUGUUGUUAAACAACCUUUGUGAAUCUUUUAAUGCUGGAAUAGUUGAUGCUAGAGACAAGCUGAUAAUUACUUUGCUAGAAAAGAUUCGUUAUUGGCUAAUGAGUCGGUUUUUCAAUAAGAGGGAAAGUCUGAAGAAGUGGAUACAUCCCGUGGGGAAAAGAAUAUUGCAAGUAGUGGAGAAGAACAAGAGUAUUGCCAAGAAUUGUCUGACUACUAGGGCUGCAACUUAUCAAUUUCAAGCUGACUACCCAAACAAUGAGUCAUUUGAUGUUGAUUUGCAAAAAAGGACUUGCAGUUGCCGAAGAUUUCAACUCACUGGUAUCCCGUGUGGUCACGCACUGGCUGCCAUAUGGACAAGUGGGGCAGAGAUAAUGGACUAUAUCCAUGAAUGUUAUAAGAAAGAGGCAUUUCUGAAAGCUUAUGUAGGAAUCAUAUACCCUAUGCCAAGCCCAGAGCAGUGGCCAGAGACUGGUUUGCACCCUAUAUACCCACCUUUUGAAACUAAUCUGCCAGGGAGACCAAAAAAGGCCAGAAGAAGAGAGUCUGAUGAACCACCCCCAAGUUCAACAAAAACUCGAAGGUUUGGUCAGAUCCACUUGUGCAAAAAGUGCAAACAGCCAGGCCACACAAGCAAAACAUGCCCCAACCCAACAAAUGCUCAGGUAAUGCAUUGA